GGUCAUAGAGAAUCUGGGAGGUGAACAAGCCCAACUAUAUAAAGGAGGAAGAUCUAAAAGCCCAAGUUUCGUUUUGUUUUCGUCGUUGAGCUGCGUAUCCGUGCGACUUGCAAAACAGAAAGGAGCUUUCUUUCCCGGCUUCCGCCUGCCUUGCGGUCUUCACUAGAUAUUUCAUCACUUGUGUUUUUUAUUCACUACUGAGCAAUUCAAGACCGCGAAGAUGGCUGAGGAGGGACACAGGGUUACUCUGAAUGUAUAUGACCUAAGCCAAGGACUAGCUCGGCAACUUUCUACUACGUUUUUGGGGAAAGCCAUUGAGGGCAUAUGGCACACAGGAAUUGUGGUUUAUGGUAAUGAAUAUUAUUUUGGGGGUGGCAUACAGCAUUCUCCUGCUGGAUCAACCCCAUAUGGUACCCCUAUCCAAGUGGUAGAUUUAGGUGUCACACAUGUGCCCAAGGACAUAUUUGAAAUGUAUUUGCAGGAGAUCAGUCCACGUUACACAGCCGAAACAUACAGUUUGCUUACUCACAAUUGCAACAACUUUAGCAAUGAAGUUGCACAAUUUUUGGUUGGUGGUACAAUACCGGACUAUAUUUUGCAGCUUCCUAAUGAAGUAAUGAGCAGUCCGAUGGGUGCUCUUAUAUUGCCAAUGAUUCAGAAUUUGGAAACUACAUUGAAGGCUGGUGCUGUUCCUCAAGUUCCUCAAUUCAGGCCUGGUUCGGUGGCGCAGCAGACAGUUAAUGUUUCAAAAUCGAAUUCAUCCAGUGGGCAACCAAACAGAAAGGAGGCUGAUAACAAAUCAAAAAAAUCUGAAGGGCAGCCAAACAAGUUAAAGGAGCAAAGUAGCUCAAAGAAACCUGAAGUAGAACAGUCCAAGUCCAUUGCCAAAGGGACUGUGGAUCCUCUUGGGAAUGCUCGAAAUAAAGUGCAAGAAGAGAUUAUGACGGAAUUUGGUGCGCUCAUGGCAACAGGAACAUUGCGUGCGAGUGAGGCUGCAGCACUUGCAACAAGAAGAGUGAUGCAGAGAUAUGGCAGUCAAAAUUCAGUCAUGCCACAAAGUUAGGUUCAUGAUUUUGAAAAUUUAUUGUGUUACAACUUAUUGUGGGUCAAGUAGGUGUUCAAUGUCCCCUUCACGGGUUCACUUAUUAAAAUCCGAUUUCAUGUUUGACGAACUAAAAUUAUCAUUAAUUUAAACGAAACCUGGCAUAAACACUUAAAA